ACAAAAUAUUUUUUUUUGAUAAGACACCAGUCAGCACAUCGUGUGUCAAAAUCUCUUAUCAUUCCGGAAAAAUUGUGAUUUUAGUUAAGAAUUUAAGAACGGAAAAUGUCCUUCAUCCGAAAUGUGAAACUUGUACGCGGGCUGUACGCGAAAGGAUUGCAGUAUUCAACAAGUGUUCAUUCCACUGCCGAAACCACAGUUUUCCCGGGAGCCAACGCUCCAUUCGUUGUCAAACCCGAGCUAACACAUCCGUCGAACACCCAACCGAUUCCAAUUUAUCGUGUGCUUGACAGAAAUGGGCAAAUUCUCGACAAAACUCAAGAUCCGAAUUUGAGCAAAGAGUUUGUGCAGAAAAUGUUCCGGGAUAUGGUGCUCCUGAACACAAUGGACAAAAUUUUGUACGAAUCACAGCGACAAGGACGAAUUUCAUUCUAUAUGACCAAUUCGGGUGAAGAGGCAUCGCAUGUUGGCAGUGCGGCCGGCUUAUCGAAUAACGACUUGGUGUAUGCUCAGUAUCGCGAAGCUGGUGUGCUUGUGUGGCGUGGAUUUACCAUUUCUGAAUUCGUCGAUCAAUGCUACGGGAAUUCGGACGACCUGGGAAAGGGCAAACAGAUGCCGGUUCAUUAUGGAUCGAAACGCUUGAAUUUCGUUACCAUUUCGAGUCCUCUGGCGACACAAACAUCUCAAGCAGUGGGAGCUGCCUAUGCAUUGAAAAGAAGACCGAACAACGAUCGUUGUGUUGUCACGUAUUUUGGUGAGGGUGCCGCUUCAGAAGGUGACGCACACGCUGCCUUUAAUUUCGCUGCUACGCUAAGUUGUCCUGUUAUUUUGUACUGUCGCAACAACGGCUUCGCCAUUUCAACGCCGUCCGACGAGCAAUACAAAGGUGAUGGCAUUGCUGGACGAGGCACUGGUUACGGAAUUUCUUCGAUUCGAGUUGACGGAACAGACAUAUUUGCCGUUUACAAUGCCACGAAAAUCGCCCGAGAUUACGUCCUCAAGAACAACAAACCGAUCAUUUUCGAAGCAAUGGCAUACCGAAUCGGUCAUCAUUCAACAUCCGACGACAGUACGGCCUAUCGACCGGCCGAGGAUUUGGAGGUGUGGAACACGGUUGAAAGUCCGAUAACGAAAUUGAAGAACUACUUAACGAAUAGGGGCUGGUGGAAUGAGGACGAAGAAAAUGACUAUGUGAAGCGGACACGCAAGGAAAUCUUAUCGCAAAUUUCGUUGUCCGAGAAGAAAUUGAAACCGAAUUGGCGAGAAAUGUUUACCGACGUUUAUCACGAGAUGCCGUUGGGUUUGAAGGGUCAAUUGGCCGAGAUGGAGGAUCAUGUUGCCAAACACAAGGAACAUUAUCCGUUGGCCAAUUUCAAAAAUUGAAUUUUGAAAAUCGGAAGCCAUUAAGCUCACAGAGCAGAGGUUGCGGUGGUAUGACUACACAGUCCUCCAAGUGAUUAUUGUGCAUUUAUUUUUACAAAUCUUUACAAAUUUGUUAGUUGUUUUGGACGGUGGGUCUACGAUUAAAGUUGAAUAAAAUUUACUGACGAUUUUUCGGAGA